ACCCCUGUACCCUAACCCCUGUACCCUAGCCUCUAACCCCUUUACCCUAGCCCCUUUACCCUACCCUCUUUAUCCUAGCCCCUUUACAUUAGCCCCUUUACCCGACCCCAUCAUGGCCCACAGAUCCCAGAGUUCGGACUUCGGGGACAACCCCCUGGACCCUAACUUCCUGCCCCCCCACUACAGAGAAGAAUACCGUCUCGCCAUUGAUGCUCUGGUGGAGACAGACCUAAAGGGUUACUAUGAGUUCCUUCAGACAGCAGACGUGGUGGACUUCCUUUGUCAACCGGAGAUGGAACACAUCAAGACCACCGUCCAGACACCCAGCCAGGCCUCCAACGUACCAGAGCUGUCUUAUCAUGAGGCAGACGCAGACGGCUCGUCUGACACCUACUGGCCGUUGCACUCUGACACGGCGGCCCCGGGGUUGGACCUGGGCUGGCCCCUCCAGGCACACAGCUUCAUCGGCCCCACAGAGGUCACGACCCUGGUCAACCCCAGCGACCCCGACAUGCCCAGCAUCAAGGAGCAGGCCAGGAGGCUCAUCAAGAACGCACAACAUGUGAUUGCCGUGGUGAUGGACAUGUUUACAGAUGUGGAUCUGUUUGCUGAUUUGCUGGAUGCCACGGCGCGUCACGUCCCCGUCUACAUCCUAUUGGACGAACAGAACGCCCAUCACUUCGUCUCCAUGGUGACUAACUGCAAGAUCAACCUAGACCUUGUCCAUAUGAUGCGUGUGCGGACUGUGGCGGGGAUGACGUAUUUCUGUCGGACAGGGAAGUCGUUUAAAGGACAGGUGAAAGACCGCUUCCUAUUGGCUGACUGCAGGGCCGUGCUCAGCGGAAACUACAGUUUCAUGUGGUCCUAUGAGAAGCUGCAUCGCUGCAUCGCUCAUCUCUUCCUGGGAGAACUAGUCACCACCUUUGACGAGGAGUUCCGCAUCCUGUUCGCCCAAUCACAGCCUCUCACCGUAGACCACGCCCUAGUGCCCGUCUCCUCUGACAGCAGCAGCAGCAGUUACUACAGCAACCAGUUCGGCAUGAAGGGGCCCCUUCGACACCCUCGGGGUUUUCAACGACACACCCCGGAACUUACAGGCUACCCCUUCGGAGGAGGAGGAGAAACAGAGCGUUCUGCAUUCCGUAGGGAUGACCUGUUCCGACAUGCCAUAGAAUCCGGAGGAGGACUGAAUCUUGGGACGUUUGCAGCGUCACAGCAGUUCAGGAUGCAGCAGUCCUUCCUGGAGCAGGGCCGCUCCAUGGUCUCCAGGCAGAUGGAGAUAAGUGCCAGUGACUAUAAGGGCCAAAGCAACGCAGAGGGAACCCAGGAGAGCUACUCCUCGUCCAGACAAUACAUGAAGCACAGAGUCAUCAACAACCAGGAGGAGACAGAGCAGCACUACCACAGGGAGCAGAGCCAGUCCAGCCACUACUACCAGGGUGGUGAGGGACCUGGGUUAAUGCCGGGGCUGGGCUCAGGGCUGGGCUCAGGGCUAGGCUCAGGGCUGGGAGGACAUGGGUCAGGCCAUGGACACUACGACAGGCUGAGGAACAGACAAGCGCUGGACCAGUACUCUGACUCAGGCUACCCUCAUGAGGAACCUCCUGGUCCAGAGGACUACGGCAGAGACUACCUCUCCUCUCAGGACCUGAAACACAACCCGGGACCACCACCGGCAGGGGGGAGGUACGGAGGUGGCAGCGACCACAAGAGGCCGACGGUGGGCCAGCCCUACGUCUGCCAGUCCUCCCCCACCCAUCCCAACCCCCCAGAGAAGCAGCUGUUCCCAGUCCCAGCAGUGGCAGACCAGGACCCCAAAGCCAGACAGGGCCUCCGCAGCUGGAGGAUCAACUCCUACCUCAGCACCUACGAAGACACAGGAGAGGAGGGGCUGCCACAACCUCUGGGCCCUGAUGCUUUCCAAGACCCAGAGUCUGAGGGGAACACAUACGCCAGUGAGGGGCCUGUAUCCCGCUUUGAAGCGAGAGAGCCUCCGAAUGUCCCCUCCAAGCCUAGACCGGAUAUCCGACCACCACGGUACGGCAAGCCCUUCGCACCCGAGAGCACGAGAAAGGACGGGGCCGACAGCUGGAACAUAGAACGGGAGAGAGCGAGAGAGAAAGAUCGGGAGAGGGAGGUGGGGGGGAGGGAGGUUGGGGUGGAUGUGGAGAUGCCAUCGUCGAGGGAGGCUUCGGGAGAGGUUGUGCUCUCCAAACACGAGUCGUUCCGGACACGGAUCAACCCGAUGCUCCAGAGAAGCUCCCGGCUGCGCUCCUCCCUCAUCUUCUCCUCCUCCAAGACGGAGACCCACCUGGGAGGCCUGGCAGUGGCCAAUGAGGAGGAUGAGGAAUCCGACAUGCUACGCACCACCUCCAUCGUCCAACAGAUCCUGGAGAAGAGAUUUUCCCGGGAACCCUUCGAGUGGCGGAAGAAGGCAGAGGAGAACGAGAGAGAGAAGAAGAAGAAAGACGAAGAGAAAGAGGUUGUGUUGAAAGAGGAGGCUAUGCCCCCCAUAGUCGCCCCAGCAUCGAUAGAGCCGCCCCAGCCGUUGAACAUGAAUGACCCUGCCAAUAGACUGCAGUACUUCAAGGAGCUGGCUGCUAAGAGAAACGCAUCCAAAGAGGCCGCGAUGAAAGGACCACUUCAGAAGACACCAGACCUCUCAAACACUACUUCUUCCACCACCUCCUCCUCCAUCACCACCUCUUCCCCCUUCUCAUCCUCUACCACCACCUCUUCCCCCACCACCACCUCCUCCUCCUCUACCACCACCUCUUCCCCCAACUCCUCCUCCACCACCACCUCUUCCUCCACCACCACUUCCUCCACCACCACUUCGUCCACCACCACUUCGUCAACCACCACCACUUCCUCCACCCCCAACCCUUCCCCCACCACCAUCUCAGCCCCCAAAGUCCCCUCUUUCUCUGUGAUUGCUCCAGAGCCUGCCCCGAUGAAACCACAAGUCCCAGCCACACUAGAGCGAACACGCAAACUGUCCAUCACCUCAAGAUUCAAAACCUUUGAGCCUUCUACUACCACAGUGCAGAGGAAAGACAGCAGCUCAGAGUCACAGAGGAAAGACAGCAGCUCGGAGUCACAGAGGAAAGACAGCAGCUCAGAGUCACAGAGGAAAGACAGCAGCUCGGAGUCACAGAGGAAAGACAGCAGCUCAGAGUCACAGAGGAAAGACAGCAGCUCAGAGUCACAGAGGAAAGACAGCAGCUCAGAGUCACAGAGGAAAGACAGCAGCUCAGAGUCACAGAGGAAAGACAAGGAGCCCAGUAAGAUUCUGAAGCCUUUCUCUUCUCUGAAGCCGUUCAAGAGCUCCCACCCUCGCCGCGUCUCCUGCGAUGAGGAAACGCUAACAACAGAUGCUACAGACGCGGAGAAGAGCGAGCUGAAGAAAUCUCGCUCCCAAAGCUUGUCCAGUAUGUCUCGCGCUGAGUCCAAGGAGGGAAAGAACCUGGGCUCCAGCACCUCCCUCAACACCCUGGGAGGGGAAGGCAAGGUCGACACCAAGCCCCUGGACUUCCUGAAGAAGCAGACCCAGAAACUCAAAGGCUUCCUGGGACCCAAGGACAAGAAGAGCUCCGGGGGUGUGACAUUGGCUUCCAGCGGAGACAACAAGACGAUGAGAACUGUGGUGGAGAGCUCCGAGGAGUCUGGGGCCGCAGCUUCACGCCUAGGUUCCUCUUCUACUGCCGACGCUAAAGCCACAGACUACGUCACUUCCUCAGACAAUCACAAAAUGACAGGUCCGUCUCGAUACCAGACCUCCAGCGGCUCGGUUCUGUUCAGUAGCAACCUGAGAGAUGACACCAAGGUCAUCCUGGAACAGAUUUCUGCCAACAGCCAGAAAAAACCGUCUGGAGAGAGGAGGAGAGGAGGAGAGGAGGCCGGAGGGGAGAAGGGGGUAGACAUGGCAGGAGAGAAAGAAGGGUUGGAGAGGAAUCCGUUGCUUGGGAGGAACCGCUUCCUAAGGCCCCAGGGCAACCCUCAGGAGAGAGACAGCCUGCUGAAGAGGAUGGAGAGCAUGAGGAAGGAGAAGAAGGUCUACAGCCGUUUUGAGAUGGGGAAUAACCUGGGAUAACUAAAGAUGGCCGAGGAAGCUAUUGACUGGAAGCUUAGUGUGCGAGGAGGGCUCACAAACACACACACCAUUCCCAGUUCACCAACAUAUGUGGCAAACGCAUCAUCAGAACCCCCGAAAGAGAGAGAGAACACAAAACACAACAACAGUAGAUAGCUUUGUCAUCAGACUGCAGUCUUCCUGGAUACAGUCAGACACAGUUCUAAAUCUUUAAAAAACGGAAACUGUACCCAUAUGUGUGCCAAAGCUGGUCUUCUCUGGUUGGUUAUGUUGCCUUAUAUGGACUCUAUGGGACAACUCUUCACUAAUUCACUGCAACCCUUCAUCAAACACCUGGAGUGUGAGAGAGAGUGUGUUCAUUUUUUACUGCAAGAAAGCAACUGAAAACAUGCCCAGCCAUAAACCAUGCCUGUACAGACCUGCAAACUCCCAGUGUGUGUGUGUGUGUGUGUGUGUGUGUGUGUGUGUGUGUGUGUGUGUGUGUGUGUGUGUGUGUGUGUGUGUGUGUGUGUGUGUGUGUGUGUGUGUGUGUGUGUGUGUGUGUGUGUGUGUGUGUGUGUGUGUAAACUGGUAAUGCUGAAAGUAUGUCUGUGUGUUUAUACAGUGCCACGUCACUCACCAAACUCAGCACUAUUAUUAACCCGUCUCUGAAGUAAAGACAGUGGAGAGAGAGAGGGAGAGAGAGAGAGACAGAGAGAGAGGGAGAGAGGGGGGGGAGAGGGGGAAAGAGAGAGGUAGAGAGAGAGAGGGAGAGAGAGAGAGGGAGACAGAGAGAGAGAGAGAGAGAAGGGGAGAGAGGGAAAAUACAGAUUGAAGGAGCUGGAACAAGACAGACCGACAGUCAGUAAGAAAGAGAGAGAGAGGGGGGGGGGGAGGGAGAGAGAGAGGGGGGAGAGAGAGAGAGACAGAGAGAGAGAGAGAGAAGGGGAGAGAGGGAAAAUACAGAUUGAAGGAGCUGGAACAAGACAGACCGACAGUCAGUAAGAAAGAGAGAGGGGGGGGGGGGGGAGAGAGAGGGAGAGAGAGAGGGGGGGAGAGAGAGAGAGGGGGAGAGAGAGGGAGAGAGAGAGAGGGGGGGAGAGAGAGAGGGAGGUCUUUACAAAAAGUAGAUGACAAGUUGACAUUGAGACUGUUUUGUUUCAGCCCUGUGUGAAUACAGGUUCCUUGAAAACAUGCAUCCUUCAGUUCCUUUACUUCCUGGUCUGACCUUAGAGAGUUGGAUUGGGUCUGACCUUAGAGAGUUGGAUUGGGUCUGACCUUAGAGAGUUGGAUUGGGUCUGACCUUAGAGAGUUGGAUUGGGUCUGACCUUAGAGAGUUGGAUUGGGUCUGGCCUUAGAGAGUUGGAUUGGGUCUGGCCUUAGAGAGUUGGAUUGGGUCUGGCCUUAGAGAGUUGGAUUGGGUCUGACCUUAGAGAGUUGGAUUGGGUCUGACCUUAGAGAGUUGGAUUGGGUCUGACCUUAGAGAGUUGGAUUGGGUCUGACCUUAGAGAGUUGGAUUGGGUCUGGCCUUAGAGAGUUGGAUUGGGUCUGACCUUAGAGAGUUGGAUUGGGUCUGACCUUAGAGAGUUGGAUUGGGUCUGACCUUAGAGAGUUGGAUUGGGUCUGGCCUUAGAGAGUUGGAUUGGGUCUGACCUUAGAGAGUUGGAUUGGGUCUGACCUUAGAGAGUUGGAUUGGGUCUGACCUUAGAGAGUUGGAUUGGGUCUGACCUUAGAGAGGUUG